AUGAAUUUUGAAUUUGAGAGGGAGAUUGGGUUUAUAAACAGCCAGCCAUCGCUCGCCGAGUGUCUGACUUCCUUCCCCGCUGUCUUGGAGACAUUUCAAACUUCAUCAAUCAAGGAGUCGACGUUAAUUCCUCCUCCUCCUUUCGAGCAAACCUGCCCCAGCCUCCAGCCCGGCGCCUCCACCCUUCAGAGACCCGGGAGCCAAAAGCGAGCCGAAGAUGGGCCCGCGCCGCCGCCGCCGCCGCCGCUCCCCGCCGCCCCCCUGGCCCCCGAGUUCCCCUGGAUGAAAGAGAAGAAAUCCUCCAAGAAGCCGGGCCAAUCUGCCCCGUCUCCUCUGGCCGCCUCCUCGGUCCCAGCGUCCGGAGCCGGCUCGCCCACAGAUGGCCCCGGGCUGGCGGAGGCGGCCGGCGGCGGGGCGCGCAGGCUGCGCACGGCUUACACCAACACGCAGCUGCUGGAGCUGGAGAAGGAAUUCCACUUUAACAAGUACCUGUGCCGGCCGCGCCGCGUGGAGAUCGCCGCCUUGCUGGACCUCACCGAGAGACAGGUCAAAGUCUGGUUCCAGAACCGGCGCAUGAAGCACAAGCGGCAGACGCAGCACCGAGAGCCGCCCGACGGGGCCACCGCCUCGCGGGCGGCGCGGGAAGCCUGCGCUCAGCUUCCCGAGGUUGCGCCAGGGCCCCUGAGCGCUCCGUGCGCCCUGCCUUUGGCCUCUUACCAGGAGGGCGCGGGGGCGUCGAGCCCCGGCUGCGCCCUGAGCGGGGCCGACGGGCUGGAGCCGGAGCUGUUGCCCGAAGACGCCUUCCCUGAGCGGCAGGAUUCGCCUUUCCUGCCUGACCUCAACUUCUUCGCGGCCGACUCCUGUCUCCAGCUGUCCGGAGGCCUCUCCCCCAGCCUGCAGGGCUCGCUGGACAGCCCUGUUCCCUUUUCCGAGGAAGAGCUGGACUUCUUCACCAGCACCCUCUGUGCCAUCGACCUGCAGUUCCCCUAACCGUCUCCUCCUCCCGGCCUUUUUGUCGUCGCCCCCCUCCCCCAGGGCCUUCAGGACCCCCCGACCCCCAAGUGAUUUAGACUUUUUUAUGUAUUUUGCUGAAAUUCAGGUAUUAUUGAAUUAGCGUUUAACCCACUUCCUUUCUUCUCUCUCUAAAAUAUUGGGCACUCGGGCGUCUUUUUGAAAUCACAGAAAAAUUCCGUUUGG